GGGGUCUCUAUACAGUUUGAAAAACUCAGUAGCAGAAGAAUAGAGUCGGUGGACAGAACCUACACACCAGUCAAGUAUGGCGACAUUUGAUUAUUUAGUCAGAAAUAUAUGAUAGGCCGUGCUGGUUAUUCUAAACGUUAGCUGGGCAAAAAAGUCAUUCAGCUUGCUAGUUAGUUAGCACUGCAGCAAAAGAACGCUGAUGAGACGACACUCGUAACUGCGUCGUUAACUAACCUAACGUUAGCUUGCUAUGCAGCUAACGUUAGGCGCUAACAUUAUUAGCAAAUAUAACGUUACCCAUAUGUGUUAAUGGCUAGUUAUCUAGCUGUCUGAAUUCGACAGUUAUGUCUAGGUCAUAGGAUCUCGGGGCUAGCCAAUGCAAACGUAGCUAACUACUGUUAACUAGCCUAGCCAACUACUGUAACUUGUUUAGCUAACGUCAUGACAACACCCUGGGUUAGAGUGGCUUGCUAGCGCGAAGCAAAAUGCCAGAUACGACGUGCAUUUGAGUGUUUCAAGUAACGUAUUUUGUUUACUACCUUCUACUUAGCUAGCUAAUUACCGUCCUCUCGAAUUCUGUUCUUCCAGUAAGUUACAAGUAUGGCCUCUCAAAAUAUGGACCCUGCAGCAGCCUCAUCCACAGCCGCGCUGAAAGGCAAUGAGACCGGUGGGAGUGCAGCAAAGGGCUCAGUCACUAAAAGGUUUGUGUAGUUAUCGUCAUUUACAUUUUAGUCAUUUAGCACACCAUCUUAUCCAGAGCGACUUAGUUAGCCAUCUUAAGAUUCAUGCACUAGGUGGGACAACUACAUCUGUCAAAAGUACAUUUUUCCUCAAAGUAGCUAUCAGCAAAGUCCGUGUUAGUGGUGGGGGAGUCAAAUGGGAGUGUUAGUUCACGAAAGGCAAUAUUUUAUGUGGGGGUGCAGUGGAGUUAUUUAGGAUACUCUUUCUUUGAAGAAGUAGGGUUUUCGGGAAACUGGGCAGGGACUCUGCUGUCCUAGGUUCAAGGAGAAGCUGGUUUCACCAUUGGGGUGCCAGGACAGAAGCACUUUAAAUGGGCUAAGCAGGAGCUGUCCUCUUGUAGGGUUUGGGGUGGCAGAAGCGACAUACAUGAGCAAUUAGGGUUAAGUGCCUUGCUCAAGGGCACGUCGGCAUGUUUUUCACUUAGUUGGCUCGGGAAUUCAAACCAGCAACAUUUCGGUUACUGGCCCAACACUCUUAAACGCUAGGCUACCUCGAAUACUCGAGAUUUAUUCCCCGAUUACUUUUAUACUAAGGCUGGGUCUUAACAAAUGGUCCAAGAGAAAUUUCCAAGGCAAGUUUCAUAAAUACCCUUUAGCUGUUAAGUGAACCAAACAGUAUUGUUCUGUAACAUAGCCUACAUUUCAUCUGACGUAAGAUGGGUGAUUGGUACUACUUACAUUGGGAGUUAACUUUGUGUAAUGACAAGCCUUAGGCUUACAUUUUAAACUUUUAUAUUUUUUACACCCUAGACUUCAACAAGAGCUGAUGACACUAAUGGUAAGUGUUCUCCAUGUAGCGCUAUGUCCUUCUAAUCACAAUUUGAGAUCAAUUGAUCUCUUUUGGAAAACAGCUAUUUCUUUUAGAUCUGAAGGUUAUUUCUUGCACGUCAUAUAGAUGUCUGGACAUAAGGGGAUCUCGGCUUUCCCGGAGUCUGACAACCUUUUUAAGUGGAUCGGAACGAUAGACGGAGCUCAGGGAACAGUAAGUUAAGUUUUCUUUCUACUCCUCCAUGAAAAGUGCAGCCUUGGCAGUGGCUCAGAUUGUAAGACCAGUAAUGUAGAUGGUGUGUAACCCUGCUUGGGCUAGGCAAACCGAGCGUGUGUGCUCGCGUACUCCCUUAAAAGACCUUUGCUUGAAAAACGAGAAAAAAAGUGGCAAUAGUAAAUUUUGUCCCUCUUUAGACGCUGUAGCCACUUCCUCAAAAUAUAAUGAAUCUAAGAUAACUCAAAAAAUCUGUCAUUAAUUACAUUUUUGGCUGAGGAGAUCUUAGUUGCACAAUUUUACAUCUAUCUAAGAUGUUUGGUGCAGGGCCCCCCAAGUGGCACAGCGGUCUAAGGCACUGCAUCACCGUGCUAGAGGCGUCACUACAGAUCUGGGUUCGAUCCCGGGCUGUGUCACAGCCGGCCGUGACCAGGAGACCCAUGAGGCGGUGCACAAUUGGCCCUGCGUCGUCCGGGUUAGUGGAGGGUUUGGUCGGCUGGGAUGUCCAUGUCCCAUCGCACUCUAGCGACUCCUUGUGGCGGUCGGGCGCAUGCACGCUGAAUUCGGUCGCCAACUGCCAGUGUUUCCUCCGACACAUUGGUGCGGCUGGCUUCCAGGUUAAGCAAGCAGUGCGGCUUGGCGGGGUCGUGUUUCAGAGGACGCAUGGCUCUCGACCUUCGCCUCCGAAGUCCGUACGAGAGUUGCAGCGACGGGACAAGACUGUAACUACCAAUUAGAUAUCACGAAAAAGGGGCGAAAAGUCCCAACAAAAGAAAAUGUUUGGUGCUGUGUUUCUCAAGUGAAAAAAUGUGUAUGAAAACGAGUUCUCUCUUGUUGAAUGACCCAAAAAUAUGUGUGUGCACGAACAGCCGAACAAACCCUUGCCGACGACCAAAAUGUCGUCAGAAUAUAUGCAUGAACUGUUUUGGAUGUGAAUUAUAUGGACGUUUUAACAAGAUCCACAUGUCUUCCAUCAACAUUCAAAUGCUCGCCUUGAUUAGCUUUUGUACAGUAAAAAAAAAAGUAUGGUGAAGAAUGUGUCAGCGUUCUUGCAUCUCUCAAUCUCUUAGGUUUACGAAGGCCUGAGGUACAAGCUGUCGUUGGAGUUCCCUAGUGGCUACCCUUACAAAGCCCCACGCGUGAAGUUCAUCACGUCCUGUUUCCACCCCAACGUCGACGAUCAGGGCUUCAUCUGUCUGGAUAUCUUGAAAGACAAAUGGUCAGCUCUGUAUGACGUGCGCUCCAUCCUGCUGUCCAUACAGAGUUUAUUAGGAGGUAGGGUGUCUUUUACUAGGAGGUGGGGUCAUUGUCGCCCAACCAUUUACAUAAGGGGGCCUGAUCAGAUUUAUGAACACACUGAGAUCAAAUCACUGUCACAGUUUUUGAGGUUGUGUGCCACUGUCAAAUUUGUUGCCGACCUUGUACCAAAAUCUGUCUUGUCCAGAGCCCAACAAUGAGAGUCCCUUGAACACUGCUGCUGCUGAGCUUUGGGAUAACCAGGAAGGUUAGUAGAUGGACAAAUAUCUGUCCCAAUGGCACCCACACAUUUUGACCAGCACCCAUAGGUCAUUUGUGACGCACCCUGUAAAUACUCAUGUCAUGAAUCAAAUAGUUUUGUUAAACUUGUACGGCAGUAAAAAGGUGUCUUUCUUACAGCCUUCAAAGCCCAUUUGAACUCUACCUACAAGAACUGACCCAAGAUCCUACAAUCCUGCAAUUUAUUUGAUUUCUAAGUGUAUUUCUUUCUCUUCUAAUUAUGUACAUUUUAAAUACUGGGUAUGUCUGUACAAUAUUUUUAUGUUUGUAUGAACUAUAUGUGAAUAAAGAUUUCUAGGUAUGUUUAA